AUGGACAUCAAACGGCUCAAGAGCAGCCAUACCACAUACCCAUACCCAGCUGUUGAUGACACCGAUCAAGAUCUGGACCGCCGCCCGGAGGCGGAGAAGCGUGAAUGGGAGCAUCGUCUGAUACAAAGAACUGAUUCAAUGGAGUGGGGCACUGGUGAGAGGGCAUCCUUGCGGGCUGGAUUAGAGCAGAUGACCACAAGGGACAAUGAGAGACUCCUUCGAACGCAUCACAGAUCCCUAUCAAAAGCCUCAAUUGUAUAUAUCACCAGCUCGCCCUUCGGUAGACGCAUUUGGUUGAUAUCAUGCAAUGUCCCCGACAUCACAGCUGGCGGGCUGGACAUCCAUAUCCUCCCUGCAGGUUAUCCACUGAAGAGCCCUCUCAUACCGACCCCAGCAGCACAGUUCAUACUGGCGCAGAGCCUGGUGAAGGGACAGAUUAACCCACGAAAAUUUCUGACAGAACAAGACCUGGAGUCGUUGCGCAUCCUGUUCCCGAAAGCAAUCGGGGCCCAGUUACUGAUUGCAGGCUUCCUUCGCAUGUUGUUCGAUAGCAUCGCAGACGUGGAGCGGACCCACAACCUCGGCUACCCGGGUGAGGUGGGUGGGCUUGUUGUACUUCUAGAUACAGCAACGUUUAGUGCAACAGCACAAAAUAUCGAAUCAGGUGCAGUUGUCUCGGAUACAGAGGCAAAAUCGGUCGGGUGUUUGGGGUUGAAGUUGAAAUUGCCAGGAGGAAAGACGGUUUUAACAACAGUGACUCACGCUUAUGUGCGCAAUCCUGCAUUGCCAGUGGUUCUCAUGCGUGUUGCAGAUUGGGUGAUUCGGGCAAAGAACGCACUCUAUCGUUUUCGAAAUCCCCACUUAGACCGUGAUUCUCGCGCGUACGGUGUAUCGGACCAGAGCCUGUCCAAUAAUCCAACAGGCAAGGAUAUUCUGCUCUUUAAAACGAAUACAAAGGUCGGGACGAUUACCCACUGCUUCGACAACCCAAGCCCUAUACUCCCGUUUCCGGUCGGGUACCGGCAUGACCUCUCCUUAAUCGAGGGAGAAACUCUACCUGAAGUGGUGAGCCCUCCUGGGUAUCCUAUCAUCUCUGCAUGGGCCCCGUACGAAAAAGUCCUUGCGGGGGUGCCGUUAUAUGCUGUGGCUCUCAAUGCUCAGACACAAAACUGGAGAGUGGUUGAAGGGGCAAAGGUAACGCCCGCAGUGGCGAAUUCGGUCCUUCUAGGAAGUGAGUAUGUUUGGGAUCGUGAAGCGAGUGAUCAGGCUGUUGCAAUGCUGUGGCGGUCUAAGGAUGAUGUAGACAGCGCGGGAGGUUACUCUGGCUCAGUGCUGUGUACUGGCACCCCGACAGAUCAGCAUGGCGAAGCUGUUGUUUUUCAAAAUUAUGAGACUGGUCUAAGGAUGUGGGAGUCAGAAGGAUCCUCAUUGCUCGCAAACAUUAAAGCUGGUUUUCUGUUACCUGGGGAGAUCCGUGAGUCGAUGAUAGUGGUCCCUGAUCCAAAGCAACCGAUUAGUUACAACACUGUGUGUGGCAAGGGGAGCGUCGUACAAGCAGAAAGACGAUAUCCAUCAGGUCUCUAA